AUGGCCAGCACUGUAGGAAAGACUAUCACUUGCAAGGCAGCGGUAGCGUGGGCCGCCGGAGAGCCCCUCUCCAUCGAAGAAGUUGAGGUCGCACCUCCCAGGGCCCACGAAGUUCGCAUCCAAAUUCUUCACACUGGUGUUUGCCACACAGAUGCGUACACACUCUCUGGUAAGGACCCUGAAGGUGCUUUCCCCGUUGUCCUCGGUCACGAGGGCGCCGGUAUCGUCGAGUCCGUGGGUGAGGGUGUCACUUCUGUGAAGCCUGGAGAUUAUGUGAUUGCUCUCUACACUCCCGAGUGCCGCGAGUGCAAGUUCUGCAAGUCUGGCAAGACCAACCUCUGCGGUAAGAUCCGCGCCACACAGGGUAAGGGUGUUAUGCCUGAUGGAACAUCUCGUUUCAAGGCUCGUGGCAAGGAUCUGCUGCACUUUAUGGGAACCUCUACCUUUUCUCAAUACACUGUUGUAGCCGACAUUUCCGUUGUGGCCGUCACCCCCAAGAUCCCCACCGACCGAUCGUGCCUUCUCGGCUGCGGUAUCACAACAGGUUACGGUGCCGCUGUAGUCACCGCCAAGGUCGAGGAGGGCUCCAACAUCGCCGUGUUUGGCGCUGGAUGCGUUGGCCUAUCUGUGAUCCAGGGUGCGGUUAAGAACAAGGCUGGUAUGAUUAUUGCGGUUGAUGUCAACGACGCGAAGGAGAAAUGGGCCCGCAAGUUCGGUGCCACCCACUUUGUCAACCCUACCAAGCUCAACGGCAAGACUAUCCAGGAACAGCUCAUCGAGAUGACCGACGGCGGUUGCGACUACACCUUCGACUGCACUGGUAACGUUGGAGUGAUGCGCGCUGCUCUGGAGGCCUGCCACAAGGGAUGGGGUGAGAGCAUUGUCAUUGGUGUUGCUGCUGCUGGCCAGGAGAUUUCCACCCGACCAUUUCAACUCGUCACCGGUCGCGUAUGGAAGGGAUGUGCCUUUGGAGGCAUCAAGGGCCGCACUCAGCUCCCCGGUCUGGUCGACGACUACCUGAAUGGCGACCUAAAGGUGGAUGAGUUCAUCACCCACCGUGAGCCUCUGGAUAAGAUCAACACUGCUUUUGAGCAAAUGAAGCAGGGCGACUGCAUUCGUUGCGUCGUUGAUAUGUAA